CACUUAUGAAGAGUCCUGACUCCUGACAACCCACGCUCUCUCGCUCCCCAUAAGCAAGCUGGGAUGGAGAAGAAGCGGGUUGCCAUCGUCGGCGCCGGCGUGAGCGGCCUGGCCGCGUGCAAGCACCUGCUGGAGCGCGGCUUCCGCCCCGUGGUCUACGAGGCUGACACCGUCCUCGGCGGCGUGUGGGCACACGUGCCGGACUGCACGGCGCUACAGACGCCGCGGCCCAUGUACCAGUACUCUGACUUCCCGUGGCCGGAGUCCGUAACGGAGGUGUUCCCGGACCACCGCCAGGUGAUGGCGUACCUCGACGCCUACGCGCGCCGGUUCGGUGUGCUCGACUGCGUCCAGUUCGGCCACCGGGUGGUCGGGAUGGUGUACGACGGCGUCGGCGGCGAGGAUGCCGUGGCGCCGUGGGAGGAGUGGGCUGGGAACGGCGAGGCGUUCGGCAACGGGGCCUGUGAGUGGCGCCUCACGGUGGCCGACGCCGAGGGACGCGUCGAGACACACAUUGCAGACUUCGUCAUUCUCUGCAUUGGGAGGUUCAGUGGUAUACCCAACAUACCCACAUUCCCUCUAGGCAAAGGUCCAGAGGCAUUUGAUGGGCAGGUGAUCCACUCCAUGGACUAUGCCAAGAUGGGCACCAAGAAAGCCAAGGAGAUGAUCAAGGGCAAGCGUGUAACUGUCAUCGGCUACCUGAAAUCAGCAAUUGACAUUGCUGCUGAAUGCGCGGAAGUAAAUGGCACUGAUCAUCCAUGUACAAUGGUGGUCCGAACAAAGCAUUGGAUCAUACCGGACUACUUCGCUUGGGGAGUCCACAUAGGACUUCUAUACCUAAAUCGCUUUGCGGAACUCCUUAUUCACAAGCCUGGUGAAGGCUUUCUCCUCUGGCUCCUUGCCACCCUAUUGGCUCCAUUGAGGUGGCUAUUUUCAAAGUUUGCUGAGGGCUACUACUCCAUUCCAAUGAGGAAGUACGACAUGGUGCCUGACCAUAGUUUCUUUGAGGCAUUAGCUGCAUGCUUGAUUGCCAUCACACCGAAGGAUUACUACAAGAGAUUGGAAGAAGGCAGCAUAGUUCUGAAGAAAUCAAAGAUGUUCAGCUUUUGCAAAGAAGGUGUUCUUGUGGAAGGUGAAUUCUUACCGAUAAAGAGCGAUAUAGUGAUCUUCGGAACCGGAUUCAGGGGAGAUCAGAAGAUCAAGGACAUGUUCACAUCAGAAUACUUUCGGAGUAUCGUAGUUGGGUCAACAUCCACAACUGUGCCUCUCUACAGGGAGUGCAUACACCCUAAGAUCCCGCAGCUCGCGGUUAUUGGUUAUUCAGAGAGUAUUGCAAAUCUGUACACAUCAGAACUUCGAGCCAAAUGGCUGGCACAUUUCUUGGACGGUGGAUUCAGGUUACCUAAUGUUGCAGCAAUGCAGAAGGAUAUCCUUGAAUGGGAGAAGUACAUGAGAAGAUAUGCUGGACGGUACUUUCGCAGGUCCUGCGUUGGAGUCCUUCACAUCUGGUACAACGAUCAGCUAUGCAAAGAUAUGGGGUGCAAUCCUGGAAGGAAGAAAGGCUUUUUCGCGGAAUUAUUCGGGGUUUAUGGCCCUGGCGAUUACGCUGAUCUUCACUCCAAGAAAGAGUAGACCUUGGGCUUAAAUUACUGUAGAGAUAUCUACAGCGUCCUGCUAGCUUGUCUGGCAUGCCCUCUCAAUCGCUAUACUUCUGAUAUGCAUAUUGUUGGAAAAUAAGGUAUAUUUAGGUUUAAUUUAAUCUAUAAAUAAUUCAUGAGCAGAAACUGAUAAAUUGAUAUAAUUAUAUCAUCAGAGCAUAAUCUAGACAUAUGUACGAAAGCACAAUAUAUGACUAGAUCUACUAUACUUAAAAUUAGGAAUCGUAGAAAUAAAGUACGAGUAACAUGGUUUUUACGUA